AUGUCUUCCACAACAGCUACUAAUACUUAUUUAAAACCGGAUUAUUUACAACCACUUAAUAGCACAUCUUUCUCAUCUUCAUCAACUUCGUAUGAUUCAAGUCAAAGUCCAUUAGCUUUACUUGCUCAAACAUGUUCAAGCAUUGGUAAAGAUUCACCGUCACCUCCUUCAUCAUCAUCUUCAUGUUUAUCUUUAAAUACCUCAUUGCUACCUAAUACAGCUCCGCCUAUUAUCACAUCUCUCGUAGCUAAACCUUCAUCAACAUCUAAUAAUGAAAAACCUUUUUUAACAUCUAAACGUUCAUCACCAUCACAAUCAAAUACUACAAUUAUGAAUAAAAAGUCAACUGUUCCAGUGAAACCCAGUACUAUUAUACCAUCAUCGUCUUUCAUUGAAUCAAAUCCAUUAUCAUCUCAUUUACCACCACUAUUUGAUCCAACAACAACUGCUGCUGCGCUUCUUCUUCGUUCUUCACUUGCUUAUCUAGCUGCUCAACAACAACAACAACAACAACAACAGCAACAGCAAUACCAUUCAUUUUCAACGCCAUGUACAGUUCCAGGUUGUUUACAAUGUGAAACAGUUCGACAUAUUCUUGCUGCAUCAGUUCAUACACAACCAUAUGUUUGUCAUUGGUUUUCAUGUAAUGCAAGAUUUUCAUCAGCUGAUGAACUUAUUGAACAUUUACGACAUAAUCAUACAUCAACAGGAAAAUCAACUUCUAUGCAUCAACAUCAUAAUCAUCAUCGUUUUCAUCCAUAUUUAAAGCCACCAUUGAUGUUAAAUAACAAUGAUCAGUUACCAUUCUUUUAUCCUCACUUGUCUUUGUCACCGAUGACAGGAACAACACGACGUACGAACAAUAAUACAAACAACAAUAAUUAA